AUGUUUCGCUGCUUAUCGCGCGUCGGCCUCGCAUCUAAAGCGAUCACUUCACUUCCAGGCAAUGUAUCGCUGAAAGAGCACGACCCCCAUGUUCACAGGCUCAUUCAGAAAGAGCUGCUGCGGCAGUUCCAAGGACUGGAGCUGGUUGCGUCGGAAAACUUCACCUCACGCGCGGUCUUGGAAUGUUUAGGAUCGGUUUUCACCAACAAGUAUGCUGAGGGCCUGCCGGGAAGCCGCUACUACGGGGGCACUGAAGUGGUUGAUGAGUUGGAAAAUCUUUGCCGUGAUCGUGCCUUGGCGGCCUUCGGAUUGUCCCCUGAUACAUGGGGAGUUAACGUUCAGCCCCACAGUGGAUCCCCCGCAAAUUUUGCGACCUACACGGGUCUCCUCAAUCCGCACGAUCGGCUGAUGGGUCUUGACCUCCCUUCUGGAGGCCACCUCACUCAUGGUUUCUACACCGCUACGAAACGCAUUUCGUCCAGUUCGAUUUACUUCGAAAGCCUACCGUAUUCGCUAACACCGGAGGGUAUUAUUGACUACGACGGUCUCGCGAAGCAAGCCUUCUUAUAUAAGCCGAAGCUUAUCAUCGCGGGUGGGUCAGCCUACCCUAGGGACUGGGAUUACAAGCGUUAUCGCGAGAUCUGUGACAGCGUGGGGGCUUACUUGAUGGUUGAUAUGGCCCACAUCUCUGGGCUCAUCGCGGCUGGUGAGCAGCACAAUCCGUUCGAAUAUGCGGAUGUGGUGACGUCAACAACGCACAAGACCCUCCGUGGGCCUCGCUCUGGCCUCAUUUUCUUUCGUAAGCGCAUCGUCAAGGGCAAGACUGAAAUCAACGUCGAAGACCGCAUCAACAACGCGGUCUUUCCGGCGACGCAGGGUGGCCCACACAUGAACCAAAUCGCUGCUUUAGCUACACAGCUCAAGGAGGUUGCUUCUCCUGAGUGGAAGGAGUAUAUUAAACAAGUAAAGGCCAAUGCCAGGGCACUUGCAAAUACUCUUUUGGAAAGUGGGGAGAUGCUUGUGAGUGGAGGGACGGACAACCACCUCCUCCUGUGGAAUCUGCGCCAACACAAAAUCACGGGAAGCAAGCUGGAAAAGCUCCUGGAUCGUCUGUUCAUUACGGCAAAUAAAAAUUCUAUUGUCGGCGACACGAAUGCGCGCACUCCACAUGGUAUGCGGCUUGGAGUUCCCGCCGUAACGACACGCGGCAUGAAGGAAGCUGAUAUCCAAACGGUGGGAUCCUUCCUAGUUAAAUCUGUUCAGUUUGCUAAGGAAAUUGAACAGAAGAAUGGGGCAGGAUCCACAAGCCUGUCGGAAUUUAUUAGUGCAUGUGACAAACAUGAAGGAAUUAUGGCGCUUGCCAAGGAAGUAAAGGAUUUUGCUCAGACAUUUCCAUUUCCCGGGCUACCGAACCCAUUUCCCACAGUGGAGUGA